UGAUGAGGUUUGGGAGUAUCAAGCAUACCUCUACUCCUCCAAGAUGCGAGCAUGGAGCACAACAAAGGUGCCAUUGUCACAGUUAUCUGAGGCCGAAAAGGCGCUACUUGAUAGACAUUACAGCUGCAAACAGAUCAUGGUCGGACCAGACUCACUGGGCUGGGUUGAUCUCCUGUGUGGUAUCGUCCUUCUUUGCAACCUCUUCGACGAGAAUCCUGUUAUCAAAUUCAUCCCAUUCCCUUCAACAAGGAUCUGCAUCACAGACGAGGAUGGUGUCGCGGAGAUUGCCGCAGAACACGUGUGCGAUGUCACUUGCUGCGGUGACCUCAUCAAGUUUGUCCAGAUUGAUUUCGAUGAGCCUGACUAUGGAAGCAGUGGCAUCGCUUGGAAAGCCACCACAUGGAACAGGAAGCUCAGUUGGAAUGAUUGGCGCAACCGCUGCAUAGUUGAUGUUGCUCAAAUCUCAAUCGACACAAGUUAUUCUGCCUUGUUGCCUGAGCUGUUGGAUGAUGAGACUCAGCAGCUGCAACUGAAGAAUCUCAUCUUCAUUAACCCCACCCUCAGCACACACGAUGACACUCGCCUUUACAUGAUGGCCAAGGUGAAUAUGAAAGAUGACACAGCAUGGGUAGUCGCCAUUGACAUGAAGCAUGCGGCUUUGGAGGCACUUGUCCCAAUUUCCACCGAAAGGCGCUACACCGUUACGAUGUACUCUCCGUGUGCCUUCCCCAAGUACCUCAACAACUUCACAGCAGGGGCAGACAUGGCUGAUCAAGUGGGCAAGCACUUUAAGAGGCACAGAAAUCGAGGCCAUAAAAUGGAAAUAUAUGAUGAGCCAGAGCAAGAGAGAUGGAAGCUCAGUCAUCUUCAAGAGGUGGUCUCAAGGAAUCGCCGUUCUGUGUGUUUCGCUUUCUGGGUGAUGGGAUUGAUUGUGAUGCUGGUGACUAGGUAGGAGAGUAGGACACUCUUAAGGAGCAACAUCCUGGUGCUGGGCAUGUAAUCUUGAACAAGUGCCCAAUGAUCGUUUUGGCUGUGGUAAAUGUGUGGACCGCAUAUGGUAGGCCACAUGAUCGAUGGUGGUGCUGCUGCUAUAUCUCCCUGACAUACUACUCCCUCCGUUCCAAAUUACUCGUCGUGGUUUUAUUUUAAAUUUGAACUAAAAUCACGAUGAGUAAUUUGGAACGGAGGGAGUACCUGAUACUAGCCAGUUUACAUGAAGAUAUGAAUUGGUGACAUGUUGGUAGCAAGCGUGUUUGGGACUAGAGGUUUUGAUGUCGUUGUUGGUAGCAAGUGUGUGGAAGGCAUGGAAUUGCUGGGUGAUAAGGUUUUUGCGAGCCAGUGGAAUUUGUUGCAUCGA